AGACGCAACGGCCGCAGCCUCCACCGGCAGCGACCGCCCCUGCCUCUGGGAGUUGGAGUUUCGGAAGAAGGACUGGCAGGCGGCGUCAGGGCCACUCAGGAAAGGCUUUCCCUGCGAGCUCUCACGCUGCCCAUCAGUUCCUCAGCCCGUUUUUCAGAGGCACCAAAUAAUGUCAUCUGAAAUGUUGCCAGCAAUAACUGAGACUUCUAAUGUUGAAAAAAAGCAAGACUUAAGUGAACAUCAAGAGGAGAGCCAGAAGCCAAGAUUAGGUGAAGGGUUUAAACCAGUAUCUAAACGACAAAUGAAAAAACUUAUAAAACAGAAACAAUGGGAAGAACAACGGGAACUGCGCAAACAAAAGCGAAAGGAAAAGCGCAAGAGAAAAAAAUUAGAGCGACAAUGUCAACUGGAAUCAAACUCAGAUGGAAAUGACAGAAAACGUAUCCGAAGACACGUUGCCCACAGCACCCUCCGUCUUAUCAUUGACUGUAGCUUUGAUGACUUGAUGGUAUUAAAGGACAUUAAGAAACUUCAUAAGCAGAUACAGCGGUGUUAUGCAGAAAACCGAAGAGCACUGCAUCCCGUGCAGUUUUACUUGACAAGCCAUGGAGGCCGGCUGAAAAGGAACAUGGAUGAAAAUGACAAAGGCUGGGUCAACUGGAAGGAUAUCCACAUCAAACCAGAGCACUACAGUGAACUUGUGAAAAAAGAAGACCUGGUUUAUCUUACAUCAGACUCACCGAAUGUACUGAAGGAGUUAGAUGAAUCAAAGGCGUAUGUGAUUGGAGGGUUAGUGGAUCACAACCAUCAUAAGGGACUCACAUAUAAACAAGCAUCAGAUUAUGGAAUUGAUCAUGCACAGCUCCCUCUUGGAAAUUUUGUGAAGAUGAAUAGUCGGAAAGUUUUGGCAGUUAAUCAUGUGUUUGAGAUUAUUCUGGAAUACUUGGAGACAAGAGACUGGCAAGAAGCAUUUUUUACUAUCUUGCCCCAGCGGAAAGGAGCUGUUCCCACAGACAAAGUCUGUGAAAGUUCUUCCCAGGACAAGCCAUCUGUCAGGGUGGAAGACGGAUCGGACAGUGAUUCUAGUGAGGAGGAGCAUAGCAGAAAUGAACUAGAUUCACCACGUAAGGAAGCAAAGCAGGAUCAGGAGCACAGCACUGAGUCUGCAGGGAACUCUCCACCGCACUAAUGGUACCUGGUUUUCUGUUAGUUUAAGGAAAAAUGAGGAGAAAAUGAGGUGCUUCGUAGAAUAUUGGAAUUGGAAGAUUUUAUUUUCUCUCAUUUCUGUUAUGAAUUUUUAAAUUUUUUUUUAGAGCUCAAUGAUAAU